AUGUUUAGCCAGGCCUCUGCGGCUCUGCGUAUUAACGGCUUGGCGGGGCUUAGCGCGGAGGAGAAGCGGAGUGGAAAUGUUGAGCGCGAUGAGCGGUAUGCCAUGUGCGAAUCUUUCGCAUACCAACGGAUCCAUGACCCGUCCCCAUUCGCCCCAUGCCUUGUCCGCACCCUCCUCCCCACUUUCCUCCUCGCUCUACGCGUGGGGGAUUUCGGCGGGGCGAGCGCGGGGGCGCGCCUGGAGAGCAGCCCUUCUCUUCUCGCGCACGUCUCCACCCUCUCGUCGCACAUUCGCACCUCCCACCUCUCUUUGCUUAUCCGCUCCCCACCCGCGCUCUCCGCGUGCCGCGCAGCUGCUUCCCGCCGGUUGCGCGUGCUGCUCCCCCCGUCCGCCUCUGCUUGA